AUAUAUAUUAGAUGAGAUCAACGCAAUGUCGGAACCAUUCUGGCCCAACAUCGACGACCAGUGGUAUCACCGACAAGAAAAUCGCACUUCCUCACAACAAUGACUUCGGUCCUGGUCACCGGUGCCGGCCGCGGUCUGGGCCUGGCGUUCGUCAAAGAGCUCGUCUCCCUUUCCCAUAUCAGCAGAAUCAUUGCAAGCGUGCGCAGUCUAUCUGCCGAGUUGGAGGGCAUUGCGAAGGCAUCUUCAGGUCGAGUGACGAUUGUCACUUUCGACGUCGCCGAUGAGGAGUCGAUCAGAAAAGCCGUUCCGGAAGUCGAAGCCGCUCUUGGGAAAGGUAAUGGUCUGGACAUCUUGAUCAACAACGUUGGGAUCGCCAAGUGGGCUCCUGACGGGACCAAGUCCAUGGCGUCCGAAGAUCUGGAGGAGAGCUUCAGGGUCAACGUGCUCGGCGUGCACUGGGUGACUCGAACUUUCCUGCCUCUGCUGCAAGCUGGGAAGUUGAAGAAGGUGGCCAACAUUGGUACAACCCUGGGCUCCCUCACGCUUGCUGAACAGUAUACCUGGGCGGCAUGUCCGGCAUACAAGAUCUCCAAAGCUGCGGCACACGCACUCACGGUCCAGUAUGCCCUCGAAUACGGCAAAGAUGGGUUCACUUUUAUCGCACUCUCUCCGGGCUGGCUGAAGACUGAUCUGGGCGGAGGAGACGCAGCCGAUCUGACUCCCGAGCAGGGCGCGAAAGCCUCGCUGGACAUCAUCUGGAAGCCGAAUGAUCAGACGAACGGCAAGCUGACCGUGGUCAAAGUUCCGGGAUUUGAGAAUCGGCCUUUGAAUUCGUAUGACGGCAAAGAUGCGCCGUGGUGAACCACCUCUCCCAGGCUAGCACGAGGAUGAAUUGACUUUCGGCAUUUGAGGGAGAGAACACCUGUCGCCUCCCCCUCUUCCUCGUUGAGCUUAAUCACAACGUUCAUGAGCUCCCC